AUGACUGGACGUGGUAAAGGAGGUAAAGGAUUGGGAAAAGGUGGUGCCAAACGUCAUCGUAAGGUGUUACGUGACAAUAUCCAAGGUAUCACUAAGCCGGCUAUUAGAAGAUUAGCACGUCGAGGUGGUGUGAAACGUAUUUCCGGUUUAAUUUACGAAGAAACUCGUGGAGUACUAAAAGUGUUCUUGGAAAAUGUUAUCAGAGAUGCCGUUACAUAUACAGAACAUGCCAAAAGGAAAACCGUAACAGCUAUGGACGUCGUUUAUGCAUUGAAACGUCAAGGCCGUACUCUAUACGGUUUUGGAGGUUAA